UGUUGAGGGGGGGAAGGAAAAAAAACGAGGGGAGCAGCCGGCCAUUCCCCACGACGGAGCUCACCGCGUCCCCGCGGCCACACACCCUAACCCUAGCGGCGACACGCCGCCGCCCCCGCCGCCUCCAUCACACCCUCGCCCUCGCCCUCGCUCCUCCGCCACUCCCACGAGAUCAGCGCCGUCCCGACUCCGUGCUCGCCGUCGCCCGCCCUUCUCUCAAGGGCUAUAAAUGGCAGGGAGACAGCGCAUAGUUCGCCAGUACUACGAGGAACCACGGGGAUUUCGUGAUGGUCCCCCUCCUCGACUUGCACGAGAAAGGUCUCUCUCACCACGACGCAUCGAGGGAGAGCUGUCUAGCCGCCGUGGUGAGCUCCGCAGAAUCCGUGACGACAACCAACAUCUGGUGGAUGAAAUUGUUGGACUCAGGCAAGCAAUGUCUCGUUUGAAAGAAGAUCUCCAUUCCUCAAGUCAGGUUAUACCUAAGCUCCGUGCUGAGAAAGAACUUGAAUCGAGGGAGCUGACUCAGAGGAAUCUGAAGCUGGAAGCUGAGCUACGCUCUUUAGAACCCCUUAGGCAGGAUGCCCUUCAGCUACGAUCUGAAGCAGGCUCGCUAGAGUCUUUGAGGCAAGAGCUCAACGCAAAGGUGCAGGGUCUGACAAAGGAGCUUGAGCAACAGAGCUCUGAAAACCAGCGCAUACCAGCCCUGGACAAGUGUGGAGAGUGAGAAAAAUGGAUGUUCAUCAUGUCAACAACAUAUGAAUUUCUUUGCACAUGUACUCCUACAUCUCUGUGUACAUGGAAAUAAGACAAGUUAUGUUUUCUUCUUUUUUUUUCUCU